AUGACGUCUGUUUACAAGGUGCUUAAGGAGUUUGUUCGCCAAGCUUCUUAUGCUCGGGGAUUGCCACAACCAAGGCUGGUUUACCCACGCCUACUGGAGGAACGUGCAGCCGACGGAAGAAUGGUGAUGCACCUGCACGAACUGACGUUGAACCUCAGAAAGGCGUCGGUGGCGGCCCGAAACUUCCGAGUCCUGGAACAUGAAGAUGGACGCGAAGUGACACGUUUUUUCGACGGUAGAGACCUGGACCGGAAUCUUCACGAAGAUGAAAAACAGUUCGCGACAGUGCACGUCACAAGAACCGACAACGGGAUCGAAGUCGAAGGUGUUGUUGGACCGCACCACAGAAUCGAGCCAAUGCGCACAAUGGAGAGAUCAGAAAACGGCCUGAUUCCACACAUGAUACAUGAAAUCGAGAAGAAAGAACUGGUAGACAUCGAGAAAGCAAUACCUGUAAAAGGUGAUAGGACCGUAAACGAGAGGGCUAAUGUGGGGCAAUAUGUACCCGCAGAAGUCACCAUAGAAAUUUUUAUAGUCUCUGACUGGCCACAUCAUAAGCACUUCAACACAACGAUUCAGUUAAUAUUUUACCUCUGCGUAAUGAUGAACUCGGUUAACAUCAGAUACGCAGACACAAAAGAACCGACGGUAAAGUUCCUUCUUAUGGGUGUUGAGAAAGACCAGUUUAGCAUUUAUAAAAAAGGUGCCGGCGCACAAAUGGAAAGCUCAGGGACCCUUGAGAACUUCCGGAAGUACGCCUACAACAGAAAAUAUGACUACGGUGAACCCGAUAUGGUGUUCUUAAUCACUGGGUUUGUAUUAUACUCCAUAGAAAGAGACGGCACGAAGAGCACGAAUGUGCUAGGAAUCGGCUUCGUGGGUGGUUUGUGCACCGAUCACUUCGUAGCCCUUGGUGAAGACGCCGCUGGUCUCUUCAACGGAAUGCACACGCUCACCCAUGAGGCUGGCCAUGUGCUCGGCGCUUCUCACGAUGGAAGCCAGCCAAAACCGUGGAUUCCUAAAGACCCAGGAUCACUGCGCUGUCCCUGGAAAGAUGGUCACAUCAUGAGCUACGUCGACGGUGGAACUAGACAUCACCAGUUUUCAAAGUGCAGUCUUGAGCAAAUUCAAAACGUCGUAAUAUUGCGAGGAGAGUUCUGCUGGGUAGUGAGCACGACCAUUAAAGGGCAUACGAAACCGGGAAUAUUCCCUGGCAUGGAAGUGGCACCCAACGAGUUUUGCAAGAGCGUUUUUCCGGAGCAAAAGAAUGUGACCGCUGACAUGUAUUCAGACCGUAUGAAGGAUUGCAUGGUGAAAUGCCAAUAUCCAGAAGUUACCAAGUACUGCUACGGUUACCGCUGCAAUUAUUAUACGGUGAUUAAAUCCGUGUACGAACAUGCACUGGACUACAUGUCCUGUGGUGUAGGCAAGGUUUGUGUACGAGGCGUGUGCAAGAGCAGCGGUGGCAGUUUGCCGCAAAGCCCAACCACCAGGAGUACAACAACGACGACAAAGAGAACAACACCACCACCACCACUAACAACAACAACAACAACAACAACAACAACCGCUGCUGAUAGCACCACUGAAUGUCGUUGCGACUGCAGCUCUUCAGGAUAUCCGGCCCAACCAACAACACCAACGCGGACAUAUCGCUGGCGCCGUUUGAUACGUAGAAAUUAAACACAAUUUCUCGCUUAAUAAUGUGA